GCUAAUUUAACCCCGAGUCAGUACCGGAGCUGCUGCUACUUUCUCCUCCCUCGGAUCUUUCUUCCCACGUUGCCUGUUCCAACUUCCUUCCCCCUUCUUCCUCUUCUUCCCCCCCUCCGUCUCCUUCUCCUCCCUUUCUCUCCCUCUCACAUUCCCAUGGUCUAAUCUCGCCUGGCUCCUUCACGCCCAGGCACGUUAUGAGAUGAGACUAUCCUACCGCGUGGGUGCUGCCGCACUCAUCAUCUUCGCCAUCAUCCUCAUCAAACGCCAUCUCGACCUCAUCCAGGACGAUGCGCAAGUCCAGUCCGGCUGGCACUUCGGCUCCUUCACCGGCGAGUCCUCCGACAGCUCCAGCAGCAGCAGCAACGGCAACACCGACACCGCCUCCACGAAACCCAAGUCGAAACCGAAGCUGACCGGCGACAAGACCCCCGACGACUACGUCAAUGGCAACCAGAAAGACGAUGCGCUCGCCUCCCGCCCCGUCUACGAAACCACCCCCAUCAUCGUUCCCAAUGACCGGGUCAUUGUCAUGGCGAAACUCGCCUCCGAGGACACGAGCUGGGUGAGCAGCGACUUGAACGAAUGGCGCAACGUCAUCUACACGGUCGACGACCAAACCGCCUCCCGCCAUACCCCCAAGAACAAGGGCCGCGAGUCCCUCGCCUACCUCCAAUACAUCGUCGACCACUACCACGACCUCCCGUCCACGCUCAUCUUCCUCCACAGCCACAAGGACGGCUGGCCCGGCGCCUGGCACACCGACACCAUGGCCUACAGCAACGUCGACAGCAUUCGCGCCCUGCAGACCGACUUCGUCCAGCAGAACGGCUAUGCCAACCUCCGCUGCCAGCAGACCCCCGGCUGUCCCGAGGAGAUUCGUCCCUUCCGCGAGCCGGCCCAGUCCGGCAAGACCACCGAGAGCGUCUACGCCCAGGCGUGGGUCGAGCUGUUCAACAACACCGAUGUCCCCGAGGUGGUCGCCGUCGCGUGCUGCUCGCAGUUUGCUGUCUCCAAGGCCCAGGUCCUGCAGCGCCCGCUGGAGGAUUAUCAGCGCUAUUAUGAUUGGGUCUUGAAUAACCGUCUGUCCGAUGAUUUGACCGCCCAUGUUAUGGAGUAUACCUGGCAUAUUAUUUUCGGGCAGGACCCUGUUUACUGCCCCGAUGCCUACCAAUGCUACUCCGACGUCUACGGAAACCCCUACUUCUGGUGAUGGUGACGCGACGGUGACGGUGCUUGAUUCGCGAUUGUGAUCGCGAUGCGUGAUUCGGCUAUUUGUACAGAAUACCCCCGGUGAUUGAAUGAUUUACUCAUCUCAUCAUUUCUCCAUUGAUUACUUAUUUCUUCAUCUUCCUGGCUCUCUUACUUUUCUUGGCCAUCUAUCUACCUAUCCUUCUAUCACACUCUCCCUUCUCCUUCCGCCUCCUCUCCUCUUCCUCUUCAUCUUACUCCUGCACCCCCUUUUUUCCCCUUCCCUCUUUUUUCUCUCCCAUUUCACUUUUACUCUUACUUAUCUACUUCUACACUCGUCAUCUCUGUCCGCACCUGACGACAACUCACGUACGUAUUUCAGCUGCUUCUGUUUUGUGGCGUUCUUUGUAUAUGACUGGUUUUUCUUUCUUUGGGUUGGUUAAAAGUCGUGGUAGAAAUGAAAUAUAUUGAACCAUCU